AUGAAUGAAACAGUUUGGCUGUUGAAAACCCCACAACAACAAGAACAUUAUUCAUCACCAGCAUCGUGGAGUACUUAUUACAUGGAAUCGAACACUUUAUCAAAUUUUAAUCAAAAGGAAAAUAAGUUUCUGAAAAAUUUUAUAGAAAAAUACAAACCAUCAUUCCAUGACUUUCAAGUAUUAUAUAUUGCUAUGGGACAAGGACGAAAUUCAAUCUGGCUUGCACAAAAAGGCUACAAAGUAACAGGAUUUGAUUCAUCUAUUGAAGGUGUACAAAUAGCUAAAAAUCAGGCAAAACAUCUCAAUUUGACUAUUUUACAAGCACAUGUAACAACAAUUGAAGAGUUUCACUUUGACGUUGAACAAUGGGAUUUAAUUAUAUGUAUGUAUUUUUCAAUAAUAAAUCAAACUAGUUACCUAAAAAGAAUAGAGCAAUCAUUAAAAUAUAAAGGCUUAUUACUAGUUGAAGUUUUUCAUUGGGAUAGUUUAAGUGGCGACUAUAUAAUUCCACUCGAUAUUACUUAUAGAACAAAAUCCAUAGCAUUAUUAUUUCCAAAUUUAACAACUCUUAUAUACGAAGAACCAAUUGAUUACAGUGACUUUGGAAAUAAGCUAACAAAAAUUAUUCGAUAUGUUGGACAAAAGCAGUACUCACAUGCUUGA